AUGGUUGGAGGCAGUUGGCGAGAUGGGCAAGGGGGUGGCCGUGGUCGUGGGAGGGAGCGUGGCGGGGCUGGCGUGCGGGCAUGCGGUGGCGGGGGCGGGGUGGGAUGUGGUGGUGCUGGAGAAGGCGCUGGCGCCGGCGACCGGAGGCGGCACGGGCGCCGGGCUGGGGCUCGACGCGCAGUCUACGGAGACGCUCGCCCGCUGGAUCCCCGGGUGGGACCUCGACGCGGCCAUGCUGUCGCUCGCCGUUGACCUGAACAGAGCAACGGACAGCGAGACGAAGGCGGCACGGACGCUGGCGAGGGACGACGAGUUCAACUUCCGCGCGGCGCACUGGGGCGACUUGCACCGGCGGCUGCACGAGUCGCUGCCGGCCGCGGUGACUGUGCUCUGGGGCCACCAGUUCCUAUCGUUCGAGGCAUCGGAAGACGGCGGGGUCGUCGUGACGGCCCGCGUGCUGCGGACAGGGGAAACGGUUGAGGUCACUGGGAACCUGCUCGUCGCGGCGGACGGCUGCACGUCCUCCAUCCGCCGCCGCUUUCUCCCCGACCUCAAGCUCAGGUACUCCGGAUACUGCGCGUGGCGAGGCGUGUUCGACUUCGCCGGGAAGGAGGGCUCCGACACCAUGACCGGCAUCCGGAGAGCCUACCCGGAGCUCGGCACCUGCCUCUACUUCGAUCUUGCGUACAAGACGCAUGCCGUGCUCUACGAGCUGCCCAGGAGCAGGCUCAACUGGCUCUGGUACAUCAAUGGCCCCGAGCCAGAGCUCACGGGGACCUCGGUGACCAUGGAGGCGAAAGACGCCAUGGUGGCGCGGAUGCGGGACGAGGCCGAGCGCGUCUGGUGCCCCGAGCUGGCGCGGCUGAUCAGGGAGACCGCGGCGCCGUUCGUGAACGUGAUCUACGACGCGGACCCGCUCCCGCGGCUGUCGUGGGCGGGCGGCCGCGUCGUUCUGGUCGGCGACGCGGCGCACCCGACCACCCCGCACGGGCUGCGGAGCACCAACAUGUCCGUCAUGGACGCGCGCUCGCUCGGCAGGUGCCUGGCGAGGUGGGACUCGGAGCCGUUGCCGGCGCGCGCGCUGGCGGAGUAUGAGGCGGUGCGGCUGCCCGUCGUGGCGGCGCAGGUGCUGCACGCGCGCCAGCUCGGGCGGCUCAAGCAGGGUCUGCCGGUGGACGGCGAGGCGGAGGGGUUUGACGCGAGAACGGCGACGGCGGAGGAGGCGCUGCAGCUGCGGCAGAGGACCAUGCCGUUCUUUGGUGGCGCGCCUACCGCAGACGAUGGCGGUUUGUGAUGUACAUUCGGAAGCAGGGUGUUUGUAUGUUGGUAUAUCUGGGCAUGAAGAUUAGCACAAGUUUGUGAUUCUAAUAUUUUGUUGUACAAUAUCUAGUUUUUGAAGUGUUUUGAUAUACGCAUCAGGCUGUAUUCCGCAAUUUAGGAAUAAUAUAUUUGAGUUCAUCACACAAA